UCAUUCAGAGCCGAGAGUCGUACAGUAUUGGUUGUGUGUGCAUUAAAAGCAGAAUUUUUACUACGCGAGGCAUUACGGUAAAAAUGCCAGUACAUAUUCUUGGCACGAGAAUAUUUUCUACCACGGUUUGCCGAUGGCAAGGCAAUAUGAAUUGUUCUCCUUUUCUCGGUGUGUGUUGUUUUUCAUCCCCGUGUUGAUUUCCGAUAGCAUACUGGUUUAACCGUUCAAGGUAGCAAGCAGUAUAAUAAAAAAACCCGCAGUCUUUCAUUGACACCAUCGACAACAACAUUGAGUGACAGUGAACAGUGAGACGCUGAGAGCAGCAGUAUUACAUUUGCCCCUGAAAAAUUCUUGGUCUUUCAACAGGCGUCCCGAUCCCCGCGACAGAAACGUUAUGCAGUGACGAUUAUCCACUGGAUGCGUAUAUAUACUGUGAUCCGUUUCCCUUGGGCUGUGGCGGCUUUGUCAGAUGCCUAGACGCGGACUCCGCGGUCUGUCAGGUGGCAGCACUCGUCGUCGUCGCAGCAGCAGCCGGAGCCGCGCACUGGCCCAGUGACUGAGAGCAGAGAGUGAUGGCCAUGGCCCUCCGAUUCAAAGGCGGCCCCUCAUCCGCCUCCUCCGGCUCGUCCUCCUCAUCCACGCUGUCCGCCCACUCCACGACGGGCUGCAGCGACCCGGCCAAGGUCAACGGGGACGCCGAUUCGCCCUUCGCGGUGCCGUUGCAACAUCUGCAGCAUCCCGCGCUGCUCCUCCCGGAUUCAGCGUUGCGUAUUCCACCACCACCGCGCUUGGGACUCUCACCCAAAGGUGGGGAGAUGGCGGCGGUGAUGGCGCGGUCGCCGUUCGACAGCGUGGAGAACGGCGGCGGCGGCGGGGAGAAGCGGAAGACGACGGAGCCGGAUGUGACGGUCAUCUCCUCCUCCAGCGCCAGCGCGACGGGAUCGCCGGCCGAUAUGAGCAAACUGACACCCAAGAGACGGAUUCUGGACCGGCAGGCGGCCGGCAAUGCGCCACCACUGCAGGCUCCCGUCACGGCGCCGGCAGCCAAUAGCGUCCGCGUGGCGCUGGACGAGUUUAUCGGGGAGCGGGUGCUGGUCCGGUCGGCAUCCGGGACGGUGGGCGUGUACACGCCGGGCGUGAUACACGGCCUCAACACGACGGCCACCACCCAUGAUAUUGACGUUGUGAUGGACGACGCCGUGGACGGCAAUCGGCACCUGCGCGUGCCCAACGUCCUGCACGCGGAGCCCUGUCCGGUGAUCAGCGACCAGAGUCCGCCGGCCGCCGAACUGGUCGUCGGAGUGCGGGUGUGCGUCCGCCACGGGGAGCGGCGGGUGUACGUGGAGGGGACGGUGUGCGGGGUGGACACGGGCAAGUGUCCGCCGGUGCUGCGGGUGGCGGUUAGUACGGCGGCGGCCGCGGUGUUGGGGGAGGAGGGGGGAGGAGCACAGCGGAUGGAUAAUCAUGAUCUCGUUAUUGUCACGGUCUCGCGUCUGCACAUUCGCCUGCUGCGGCCGCCCUGGUAUGAGGAUCUGAUGGUCAUGGGGCAGGCCGGUGGGGGACGGGGGAUGGCGGGGAGUAAUGGGGCGCCGGGCCUGACCGGCGCCAUGCAGCCAGCAAUGCAUCUGAAUACGGGUCCGAUAGUCAGCAAUCCGGCGACGACGACGGUCUCCGAGCCCAGCCCGCCGGACUCCUCGGACGACGAACUGAAAGUGGACUUUGUGGAGACCAGCAACAACAACUCCAACGCCUCCACGCCGGGCCAAUCCCGCUCGGCCAGCAAACUGCAAAUCCACCUCCCGGACACCACCCCCCUGGCCUUCCCGCCCUCCAGCGCCCUUUUAUUAGACAACAGCGCCUCCAACGCCUCUUCAGAAUGCCCCAUCAACAGCAACGCCAACUCCCCGUCCCCGCGGGGCUACAAAAAAGGCGACGUCAUCUCGUUAACCAACGGGAUCCGGAAAAAAUUCAACGGGAAGCAGUGGCGCAAGUUAUGCAUGGAAAAAGGCUGCAGUAAAGAGUCGCAGCGAAGGGGAUACUGUAGUCGGCAUCUGUCGAUGCAGAGCAAGUCCUCCUCGGCGGCGGUGACCCCGGCGUCCUCUCCCAGCCAUGGGACCGGGGGGUUCUAUUUUGGCCUGGCACAGCAGCGGGUGAAGCACGCCUCGGGGACGAGUAAUGUCAGUCAUCAGCGCAGUGACGAGUGGGAGGUGGAGAGCGGGAGUCGUGGGUCGGAGUCGUGGUUGGGCGGGUUGGUGGUGGAGCGGCAGGCGUCCAGUGGCGGCGGGACGAAGAGCGCCGAGGACGAGACGGAGAGCGGCGGGGUGGUGAUGAUGCGGGGGAUCAGUCGCACCGGGAGCCCCCGGUGGGGGUGGAGGAGCGCACGAUUUUGCUUGAUCCUGCUGUUUUCGAGUAGUGCCUACGGCGGCGCACGCCAGCCGGGCUCCAUUAUCGCCGGUACAUUCAGCCCGUCGUUCCUGGGUAAUCCCGGCAAGAUGGAGGGAUUUUACGGGCCGCCACGGGCCAGCAACGGCGCACUGCCGGCACCCGCAGCCGCCGUCGCGGUGGAGGCCGGGGAGAAAGAGAGCAGUGAGGCCGCGAGGUCAAACGGCGUCCCAUCCGUCUCUGUCAGUCUCAACGGCUACUGUAAUGGCCUGCGCAAUAACGAUAAGCCGACGGGGCAUCCACUCGGUUACAAUUCCGCCCCACCAACCGACACAGCCCCGCCCCCCGUCCCCACCCCCGCCGUGCCCAUCCCCAUCUUCCCCUGGCACCAGCUGGUCCCCUUCCUCCCGGACGACACGAACAAGGAGGACGGCGGGAAGACCCACCACAAACUGCUGGACGACCCGCGCCCCGCCCACACCCGCUCCCCGGCCGUGACGGUGGGGACCACCACCGUCCGCCACGACUCCGUCAGCACCACCAUCAACGGGACGGGCGCGCCCAGCGGCGGCGACCUGAUUGACGAGUGCGAGGACGACGUGUUCGAGACGUCGGACCACGAACCCUCCAGCAGUCGGGGCCGCGGCGGAGGGGGCCCGGGAGGGGAUUUUGCGCUGCCGCCGUCGCCGUCCAGUAAGGACGAGGGCCAGCCGCAUAUCCGGCGCCCGAUGAACGCGUUUAUGAUCUUCAGUAAGCGGCACCGGCCGCUGGUGCACCAGCGCUAUCCCAAUCAGGAUAAUCGGACGGUGUCGAAGAUUCUGAGUGAGUGGUGGUACGCGUUGGAGGCGGAGAGUAAGAAGGAGUACCAGAAGUUGGCCGGGCAGAUUCGCGAUGCGCAUUUCAAGGCGCAUCCCGACUGGAAGUGGACGAGCAAAGACCGGAAGAAAUCCUCGUCCCGGCGCGACGAGGACGGCGAAGACGUCAGCGAGGAAACGGACCGCGAGCCGUCGCUCCCGUCCUCCCCGACGAAAACGAAGAAACGCCGGACCACCAAAGCCUCCCGCUCCACCACCCCGCCCCCCGACGAAAAACCCUCCGGCGUCGCCUCCCCGUUUCUCAACAUCCCCAGCAUCUCGUCCCCCCUGCGGAUGGACGCCGCGCGCCAGCCACCGCCCCCGGGGGCGGUGGUCUUCACCAUGGCCAGUAAGGUGCCGGCGCCGCAGACGCUGAGCGCCGCCAUGACGCCGCCGCCCAACCGGCCCGCGACGAUCAUCACGACGCCCGGAGGGGGGUACCAGUACUUUGUCCCGGGGUUCAACUACGUCCCGGUGGUGCGGCCCGCCUCGCCGGGGGUCAUCCGCAGUGUCGCGGAGCAGCAGAACGUGCUGGCCAUGGGCGGCCCCAAGGUGUACCUGCAGGCGCCGCCGCAACGCCCGAUGCUGAUCGGGCCCGGGAUCGGCGGGAUGGGGGUGGUGUCGCGCUGGCCUUAUCAAUCGGUGCUGUCGAUGCCGAUGGGCAUGCGGCCGGUGAUGGAGACGGCGUUGCCGGCGCAGCGGACCCCCGAUCCAGCGCCGGAUAUGCCGGAUGAGAAAAAGAUGGUUUCAUCAGCGUCGUCGUCGUUGGCCGGGACGGAGGGGGGUUUGUUCGUCCUGGCGCCCACCCCCGCGCAGCUGGGCCGGGCGCCCGGACAGCGGACGCGUUCGCGGUCCGUGGAGGAGGAGGAGGAGGCGGGCGGGGGCGGGGUGGGGCUGUUCCGCAAGUCGGCCGAUGAGGAGCGCGAACGGGUGCUGUCGAAAGUGGACUUUGCCAGCCGGUUCAACCAGCUGCCACAGUUCCGCGUGGAAGGCGAACCGGUGUCCCCGCUCUUAGUCAACACGCCCAGCGCCCAGGAGUUGGUGGGGAGCUACCGCAAGAAACGCUUCCCCAGCGUCUCCCGUCCCUCCACCACCGACCCGGACCUGGAGCCGGUGACGCCCAACAGCAGCAGCCUGGACACCGCGGCCCUGUCGCCCAAGUUGUUAAGUGCCGGACCCAUGUCGGCGGCGUCGACCAGCUCGGAGGGGAACAUGUUCUUCGGCAGCUCCUUCAGUCUGGCCACCAUGAGCGACUCCAUGCGGGCCGAACUGGAGAACGGCGUGCUGGAGAGUCCGCGGACGCCGCGUACUCCGGCCGAUAGUUCGUCGCUGCGCAAGACGCUGGAUCAGCGCCGACAGGCUGUUAUGGAGCUGUUCCAGGAGGAGGGGACCUUCUUCCCGACCGCCCAGAAGACGACGGCCUUCCAGAAGCGGCACGAAGAGCUGUUCCCCACGAAAUCCUGUCUGCAGCUGAAGAUCCGCGAAGUCCGCCAGAAACUCAUGGCCCUCAGCCAGUCGCACCUGGCCGGACCGCCGCCGCCGCUGCCGCCGCCCGACCCGGCCGCCUCGCAUCACCACCGCCACCCGGACACCGGCGACGACUAACACACACAGCACGCAUCACUCACCCUUCAUUCUGCAUUUUCCCACGUGGUUCCUUCGUUUCUUGGAUGAUACUGACGCACCUUCACUGCCAUUACCUAGAGCAAUCUGCAGACAAAAUUUAUUAUUAUUCUCGAUGGAUGCGACCGAUUCCCUGUAUCACACGGGGCACACGGUGAUCAUAGUGUUUUUGGCGAGCGGUAAAUCCGGCGGAGGAUGGAAGAUUCCCUGUACUGGUUCAUGUUAAGUGAUUCUGGUGCUACUGGAAACUGCCGAAUGCGCCGAGUUGAUUUUAUGAUUUUUUGCCCAUUUUCAUGACCGGAUUGGUGAUAGCUGACACGGAUCGGAAAUUGAUUUGUUGAUUGUUUUGCCAGGAUUGAUUGCGCGGUGGGUCCUCUUCGAAGAGGACAUUUUGAUCGAUUUGAUUGUGAUAAGUGUGUGGAAUUAUUAAGCACCUGCAAUUCAGAAAAAUGCCGGAUUUUCGCAUGGAUUUCUCCGUUUUAUUCUCUUUCUCCGUGGGAUGAGAGGAUAAAAGCGGGAAUUAUUUUUAUUUUACCGUUCCGUAGUUGUGAGAAUGCGCGAGACGUUGAGGGAUGGUUUUGUUGUUGGGUUUUUUAUAAAUGGAUGCGCGGAAAGGACGGAAAAAAGCAUAGAAAUUACUUGAUUUUCAUUUUCUCACGGUUGCGAUUUUCUUCUGUUUUUUUCUCUCAUUGGCAUUUUUUUCUGGUUGGUUUUCACCGUCAUACGCACGCAGUUCACUAACAAUUCGGUGGGAUUGGAUUAAUUGAUUUUUUUGAGUUUUAUAUAAUUUCGCGCGUGUUCUCUUUUUUUUCGGUGAAUUUUCGGGGGAUUUUUGUUUGGUGUUUUUUUUUUCUCGUGGCGGGAGAGGAGAACGAUGGACUGGAAUGCGGGGGCUGUUUUUUUGAUAUCUUUUAGUAUUGGUUUGUUUUGUUACGAAACAAAGGAAUCUUGGUGUCGUGAUGGAGGGAUGGCGGAGUUAAUUAAUACAAUUAUAUAUAUGAAAAGAGUGUACACUGGAUUGUAUGCUGCUGCGAUGUUCUGAUAGUAUUCUGGGCGCGCUUGGUUGUCUGUGGCUCUUGCACCCUGUUGAUGGUGGUCCCUUUUGGUAUUAGUCCCCCGCUUGGUUUGCCUUCAGAUUCGAGUGUUGUUGCGAUGAACACUUUGGCUUUAAACGUCUUGAUAUCUACACGUCUCUUUCAUUAAUGCUGGUUUUAUAGGCUGAAACGCGUUCUAAUUAUAUCGGUAACUAUAUGCCAUUUGGGAAAUAAAAUACUC